AUGCCUCCGUCGAAUACAACGUUGACCGCGCGCAGUCCAAUCAGCGGCGGUGCUGCUGCCACGUGGCCGUCUUUCACGUCCCCCUCCCCAAGGCCACCCCCGACCCCUUCUCCGCGCCCUCGCGUCCCUCUUUCCCCGCGCCCAGGCUCUGGCGGCGCGGCUUCCGCCGCUGUCUCCCCCAGCAGGCGGCGCUGGCGGAAGGGGCUGCUCGUCGCGAACGGGCUCGCCGUGCUUUACGGCUCCGCGUGCGCCGUGAAUCGCGUGGCGGAAGCCGCGCCUUCUCAUAUCACUGACGUCGCCCCGCAUUUCGCGCCGCAUCUCGCGACCAUCAUGGAUCACGUCCCCUCCGAAUUUGCCUCGCCGAUCCGAUUCGCCGCAGCGGCCCUCCCGUUCGCCCCUGCUGCCGUCAGCACCUUCGCAGUCGCAGCAGGUCGCGUGGGCGACGGUGCGCGACGUGCGACGACCGCAUCUUCCCAAGGCGCGGCGUCACAGCGUGUGCUGGACUCCACUGGGACAGCCUGUGACGGGAAUGUUUCGCCGCCGGUGGAAGAAAGGAACUCGACAUCCAAGCAUGAGUCGGAAUCCUCGACGGUGGUAAAGGCAGGGCUGGAGCUAGCGGCAUAUAGCUUCUUGGGAGACCUGCUCUCGCAGUUCACAAACGCCGAUACCGCCUCCACUCCAAUGCUUCUGCUGCUCUCGGUACGUGACGUGAUGAUCCUUACCUUGGGCUUUCUCCCUGCCGCACCCAACGUUUCCUGCAAAUGCAGCAACGACUAUCAAUCUCCUCGCAUUCGCAUCACUCCCAUGCUUUCUCAUCCCGUUGCUUCUUGCUCACGCCCGUUCAGUAUAAUCAAUCUCUUUCUUCCUGCUAUUCUCUCAUCUCCUCUCCCCCUGCAGCUCCUCAUCCUCCCGGUACUCCAACUCACCGACCGUCUCCGCCAUGAACCAGCCAACGACUCGCCCAGCAACAGCAACAGCAGCACCACCCGCACAUCGCGCGCACCGCUCGUAUCCGCCCUCAUCGCAAUGCUGGCGAUCGUUGCAGCCAGCGGAGCCACCACCACAAGCAGCGCCGCCGCCGCAGGCCCUUCCGCCCUUCUCUCCACCCUGGGGCAAUCUCUGCCCCUGUCAACCCCAUGGCCCGUGCUCGCAUGCCUGCUCUCCCUCGUGGCACUACUCCGCUGCGAGGCCCACUGCACCCGCUUCAACCCGCUCUCCCUCACCGCUGUCCAGACCUCGUCCCUCGCCUCCCUCUCCCUCCUCUCCUCCCUCCUCUUCCACCUCCUCUCCUCCUCCUCAGCCUUCCCACACGGAAUCCUACCGGAAACCCUCACCAGUGCCACACACAUGGCAGGAACCAGCGGAGCAGCGCUGCUGCCGCUCAUAUACAGCGGGCUUAUGUGCUCGGGGCUAGGCACGUGGAUGGAAAUGCACUGUCUGCAGGACCUACCAGCUCCCGCUCUCAUGCUCAUAUUCACCUCUAUUCCCGGCUGGGGGGGGUUGCUGGCGGCGUUGGCGCAGGGGGAGGUGCCAGAGGCAGGGCUGGGCGUGGCUGGGCUUGUGAUAGCUGCUGUGAAUGCCGGUGCGUGGGCGCUCGUGUCACGCCAUGGCACUGCUGUUGCUUCUGAUACCAGCAAUAGCAGCAGCGCCAGCAGCGGUGGCACGGGCAGCAAUGUCAAUAAUGGGAGCUGUGGCGUGCAAGAAAAAAUCUCAGCUGCAGGGACCGCGGCAGAGAUAGAUGUGGAGGAAACAGCCAAGAAUGCUCCCCCAGUUCCAGUGGAACAGUUGAGCAACUCCCUGGUGGCAUCUCAGCUCAAGGUACCCUUUUACUCCACCAAGGCCAAGAGCCUGCUGCUCAAGCUCAAGCUUAAAGCCAAGGUGGCUGGAGCUAAGGUUAUAGGGGGGAAACUGGGUGUGAAAGCAGCAGCUGCUGGUGCGUACAGUGCUUCCCAUGUGCUGACGUCGGCUGUGGGGAGUGGGAGUUUUGGUGCCGGUGCUGCUGAUGCUGCUGCAGCAGCUGCUACAGGCACGGCUGAUGCCCUGUCGUCGCUUGGCGGUGGUAUGGCGAUGCCAACUUUUGUCAGCAGCAGCAGCAGCAGCAUGUCGUUUGUGGACCACGCUCCUAAGGUGUCCUCCCCACCCUCCUCGUCCUCGUGGUGGCGGAAUUUCUUAAAAGCAGCCGUUCACGUCAAGAUCCCCUCCACCGCUGACGUGGCAGGUCUAGCUGGCAGCGGUGCCGCUGCCACGCCUCCCGCUGCUGCGAGCACCAGCGCCAGCGCGAGCGGCGUUCGCGGCGCCACAAGCGGCGUUCGCGGCGCCACAAGCGGCGUUCGCGGCGCCACAAGCGGCGGCGGAGGUAGCAGCAGAAGCAGCGCAGGUUCGAGGGUAACUCACGCUUUCGAGCCCGUGAGCCUUGGGAGUACCGAGACCAACCCGCUUCUGGCGGAAAUCUACCCAAUCCGCGAGUCGAAUGAGGCAGACACCGCAGGGAAAGCAGGAGGAGCUAGCAUCGACCAUCCUGCCCACGUAGAUAGUGUCGACCAAUCAGCAUCCGCCCAGCAAUCGGCAUUCCCUAUGCCGCCACCUCCCAAGCCCCCCGCGCUCACGCGCUCUCUCUCCCUCCUCGACCUUAUCCUUCUCGGCAUCGGCGCGUCCAUUGGCUCAGGGAUCUUCGUCGUGACAGGUGUCGCCGCGCGAUUGGCCGGGCCGGCCGUGUCCCUGUCUUUUCUCCUAGCCGGCCUGGCGUCUCUCCUAAACGCGCUCUGCUACGCCGACCUUGCCGCCCGGUUCCCUGGCCGGGUGGGCGGCGCGUACCUCUACGCGCACGCGUGCCUCGGGCAGCUCGCGUCGUUUGUCCUGUUCUGCCACCUGGUGCUGGACUACCACGUGGGGGCGGCGGCGAUCGCCAGGAGCCUGGCGAGUUAUUUGGCGUCUCUGGUGGAGGUGGCAUCUGGAACAGGGCUACCCGGCGUGCUCGCACCAGGAGGCCUGCCUGUGUCCAUCCCCUUGCCAUUCCUCUCCCCGUCGUGGCUCCUCUGGUGGUUCUGCCAUUUGUGGUCAGGAGGAGAAAAUGGGGGAGAGCAAGCGAUGCUAUCAGCAUCAGCGCUCGUCUUCUUCUCCUACAUCGGCUUUGACGCAGUCGCCAACACAGCCGAAGAGUCACUCCACCCGCGCCGCGACGUGCCGCGAGGUCUCCUUCUUGCCCUCGCCGCCUGCUCCCUCCUCUACAUCUCCGUCUCCCUUGUCCUCACCGGCAUGGUCCCGUACACGCUCCUCGACCCCGCUGCACCGCUCUCCACUGCGUUCGCCUCCCUCGGGCUGCAUUUCAUGGAGAGAAUAAUCGAUCUUGGGGCUGUAGUGGGGCUGACAACAACUCUCCUGACCGGAUUGUAUGUGCAGUCGCGCAUGUAUCUGGCCUUGGCGAGGGAUGGGAUGCUGCAUGUGUGGUUUCUACAGGUGAAUGCGGGGAGUCAUGUGCCGGUGCAUGCGCAGUGGUGGGUGGGGGGAGUGGCAGCGGCGAUGGCGGCAAUGUUUGACGUGGGGAAGCUGUCGCAUAUUCUGUCGGUGGGCGUGUUACUGGGUUACUCUAUAGUGUGUAUGUGCGUGCUGGCUUUAAGGGUUGAGUCACAUCAUGGAGGGGGGAGUGGCUGUGUUGGUGCGGGGGAGGAAGGGGAGGAGAGAUUGGAUGAUGCGCUUUUGGCACAAGGGGGUAUAGUCACCACCAGGAGCAGUAUGACUGGCAGUGGUGUGGCUGCGACAGGGCACACACACGUUCCUCCACCACCGCAUUGGAUUACCCAAUGGGGUGGCGACAAGUGGCACGAGGCUGUGGUGUAUGUCUGUGCCUUGGUUGCCUCCGUACUUGCCUUGGGAUUCGCCACUAGGUUCGCUGCACCUUGGCUGAUGCUUGCUCCUCUCUUCCUCUUAUCGCUGGCAUCAUCUGCACCAAUGUUCCUCGCUCAACGCUACGGCGUGCCGGCAUCUGGCUUCGCGUGCCCGUGGGUCCCGUUUGUGCCACUUAUGGGCAUCUGCGUCAACAUGUAUUUGCUUGCGCAGACGCACUGGGUUGCAUGGGUGCGCCUGUUUGUGUUGACUGUGGUGGCGCUGGUCGGAUUCUGGUGGAAUGUGAAGGGAUCAAUACAAGGAUCUAGUGGAUGA